AUGUAUGGAAGGGAGAAAUCGCCUCGAGAAUACUCAUUCCCCCAAAGAAGAAGAACUCCUUCUUUCUCUUCCACUCUCUUAGACGUUAUUUCCCGUUCCAUCGACGAACCCAAUGCCGACGAAGCUCACUUCAAAGAAACAACCGUGCUCAAGAAACAGAGCAUCUCCAGCUCUAAGCGAGGCAGUUGGGUACAAGAAGAGGACAGGGAGGUAAAGAAUCUUCGUCGGUCGGUCAUGAUCGAAGAUUGGAUGGAGAAGCAGAGCAUUCACAGCUCUGUGCUAUUCAAUUCAACCUCAAGCUCCUCAGAAUCUAGCUCUGGCGCAGGCUUCUCAUCAUCGGAAACAGAGUCUUUCUACAAACACAAACCAAAACCCAAGUUGCAGAGCUCCAAGAAGCAGACGAAGUUGGAGUAUCGGAAUUCAGAGAAGCAUCCCAAGUCGAAGAGUGAAGGAAGUUCCGCGAAGUUGAAGCUACAGGGGUUGAAAAUGUACAGCGAGUUGAAGAAAGCGAAGCAGCCCAUUUCACCAAGGGGUCGCAUUGCUAGCUUUCUCAACUCGAUUUUCAAUUCGGAUAACGUGAAGAAAGCCAAAAUGUGCUAUGUUGGAGCUGUAGAAGAUGUGAACUUUGAGCCCAAAUCGAAGUCUGCAUGUUCUUCUGCAGCUUCGUUUUCCAGGUCUUGCUUGAGCAAAACCCCUGCUUCAAGAGGAAAACUAAGCAAUGGUAUCAAAAGAUCUGUGAAGUUUUAUCCUCGUAGCGUGAUCGUUGGAGAGGAUUCUCAGCCCUGCGGCCAUAAAUAUAUUUAUGAAGAGGAUCCAAGCCUAAUGACGAUUCCAACUCUUCCAAAAAUUUCGAAAACUCGUUCUGUAAAGAAGGUUACAACUGCAUUUGAUUUGAGAGGUUUAGGCCACAGGCAGGUUGAUGAUGAUGAUGCCGAGAGCUAUUCGAGCUCGGAUUUGUUUGAGCUUGAUCACCUUGUUGGAAUUGGGAGGUACAGAGAGGAGCUUCCAGUGUAUGAAACUACAAAUUUGAAAACAAAUCAAGCUAUUGCUAAUGGCUUGAUUUUUUAG